AUGGCACCUCCCGCAUGGGCGCUGCUGCCCUCUUGGACCACCGCGCACCCAAGGAAGUUAUUAAUCCCGCGGGCACGGGCGCACAUUCAGCUGCCAAACUCAAGCUCUGGUUCCCGCACAACACAAGCCUGCGAUUCAUGUCGAAGCCGUAAAGCGAAGUGUGAUGGGGCAAAGCCGAAAUGUACUAAUUGUGAAGGACGGGCAACCGAGUGCGUAUAUUCGGAUCAGAAUAAGUCAAAGCAAAGAAGGGAGUUGGAUAAAUUAAGGAACAUUAUCCAGCACCAUGAUUAUAUGAUACGCACUAUCCUAUCCCAAUCUCUGAAUACCUCGCCAUCUACCAUUACAGAGAACCCGGAGCACUAUUCUAGGUGGGUUCGAGGAGCCACGCAUACCGUCGCACAUCAGGAAAAUUCAGGAGAUUUGGAAAACGCACUGCAAGCAUUAAAGAUUCGAUUUAAUGAGUUAAAUCAGAUCUAUGAAGCCAUACGCAAAUGUGAUCCAGACACACUGCCAUCUAUGGUAAGCGCAAUUCGCCACAGCACAUCCGUCCAUGACGCCGCUACACGCCUGAUGAGGCAGGUUCCCAUACAGCGACCUGGCCUCGGCCUGGAGGACAUGCAGCAGGCCUGGACAACUCAGCUGUCAGGCCAGCCAGACCUGCUUGAGCGGCAGACUCUCUACAGCGUCAACACAAUCGGUUUGUGGUCGGACCAAAUUGACAACAGUACCGCAUCACAUUUGUUCUCCUUAUAUUUUGUCUGGGACAAUCCUACAUGGGGACUAAUCGAGCCCAGCUUGUUCCUUAACCAUUUAAACAACAGAGACACUCGCUUUUGCUCCUCUUUAUUGGUCCACACUAUCCUCUUCUACGCAUGUUCGAGCCUACUCCUUGGGGUGUUCUUCUGCGCUAUGGGAAGAGAUAAAAUUGGAGUUCGUUACAUUCAAUACGGCGCGCUGAUGGCGUUGCAACUCGGUCUCCAUACUUCGUCAGCCGAAGCAUUUCGUGUUCACCGUGAGCCGAACGUACAGCAAUAUCUGCGAAUGCACAAAAUUCUUGCCUGUGCAGUAUACGACCUUGAAACUAUGUCGGCUCAAGUGUCCGGAAGGUCAUCUGUGUGGUCAGCUCCGCCGGAAAUAUUCCUAGGCGAAGAUGAAGCACGCGCUAUGGAUCUUGAUCAAGAGUGGACACCAUAUCCUUUCAAGGCUCCUGUGUAUAGGCCAUAUAUGACUAUAGGCGCAUGGGCCCGUCGGACUCUUCUCAUCAUUGUAAAUGAUGUGGCCCAGCUGUACUCCCCGCCAGGCGUCUCAACUGAUCAGCACCUUUGGCAAAGGGCUGCCACAAUCUACCAGAGGCUCAAUGCCUUCAGGCAAACCCUUCCAGCUGAACUGGAGAUUGCAACAAACAAAUCACCACAUAACAUUUGUCUACAGUAUAGCCUGUAUUACUACGCAACGGUUGUCAACCUCUGUGGGAUGUUCAGAGCUUGCCCACCAAGUCCAAGCGAAGAUUGUCCGAUCGAAUCCGCAGAUUUCAACCCCCAUAAGAUUCUUGGGGAAGCCAUGGAGUCAAUGGGAAGGCUCGUAUUAUUAUACCGCGCUUGUCAUGGCUGGAAAUCCACACCUGUGGUUAUGAUGCACUACUUUUUUAUCGUUGGUGUUCGCGCCGCCUCGCGUUUGGAGUGUCCAAAGUGGCGCGAGAUUUUGGCAAGCUGUGUGGCAGGUCUCUGGCACAUGAGCCUGGUAUGGCGACUCUGCCGGGCCCUUCUGCGAAUGAUAGAGUUGGUGCUCCGUUCCAGUGUAGAUCUUGCACUGGUACCCGCAGAGGUGCGACUGAUUUUCGAUGAGCACCGUGAGAAGUUCUGGAGUCAAGAGGAACGUGAAUGGCUUGCAGCCAACUACGUUAUCCACCACCAUACCGACCAGGUACUUGGGGAAAGUCGGGGCGGCAGCGAUUGUUUCCAUGGUAAGGGCUUGGAAACUGUUAUAAGGGAAUUUGAUCAAGAAUCUAGGUAUAUGACUGAAUUAUAG